AUGCCAUCGCAAAGGAAAAAAUUAAUGUUUAUGGCAGCAUUUUCUGUCAGUCUGGGAACUUCCAUUUUGAUAUCUGCAAUAAUGGCAACAGACUCAUGGGUCGACGCUGUCGUAGACUGCCAAAAUAAAAGUGGUGACACCUUUGGACAAAUGAGACUUAAAUAUGGACUGUUUGAUGGUUUACGUACCAAGCUGGUUGUCCGAUCCUUAUUGAUGAUGGACUAUCAAAGAGGAGAUCAUAAAAUGAUACAGAAGGAGGUUUUGGAAUAUCUUGAAAAUGCGGGAACUGCGAGAGUUAUCCACAUCCUAGUUAUACUGUUCCUUGUUUUUGGACUGUUGUUUUCACUGCUAAGUGCUGUGGUGACCUUUUACAACAGUAUCAGUAAUCCAUAUGAGAACAUCUGCGGACCUCUCAGUAUUUAUGCAUGCAGCUCCAUUAGCUGUGUUUCAGCAUUUUUGGCAAUGGUUCUGUUUGCAGCAAAUACAGCAGCGAACAAUUUAUCCACAAUACUGGUGAGGAAUUCCAUUAAAGAGAGCUUGGUUACGUUCAAGCAUAAGACUAAUAGUUAUGAGUACUCGUUUUGGCUUAUCUUGCUCUCGCUGGCACUUUGUGUUACCACAAUUGGAAUUACCUAUGCAUAUCAACAUGCAAAUUAUAGUACAGGAAGAGAACAAGAAAGACCAACUGAAAAUGCACCCAUUGAUGUUCUCAUGUACUAG